AUGUUUACGGGAAUCUGCAGCAGCCCAAUGGAGGAGUUGAGAGAGGGAUGCAUUCCUAAUGAGUAGCAACUACCAGCCUGGUUGCUUCGCUUUGGACGCGUCGUCCUUUGUGCUCAGAGGUGGAGCCAAGCUGACACAUCUUCGGCUCCAACAACAACAAAAAGCGGACGAACUUUGAAUCUGACAUUAAAAGCUGGGAGCUGAUUAUUAUAAGGCUUUUUCUUUUUUAUGACGGUCCAACCAAUAAUACUGAAGCUGCAGACCUUCUGGCGAGAUUUCAAGGAUGCUCCGAGAGGAGAGGGAUCUCUGAGCGCAUAGAGGGCAGCAUGUCUGUCUGCAGAGAGGGGACAGCGAAGCUAAGGAGACUUUCAUUGCUGCUUUGUUAGAAGCAUUUCUUUUCUACAUGAGAAUUAGAGAGAAUGUCAACGCUUGACAUGUGCGUGUUUCCACGGAUUUCCUCUACGUGACCCCGGUCUCGUUCGGAUGCGCCAGGACGCCGCCGCUGCCGGUUCAUGCAGUUCGGAUGCUGACGCCCUGCCUUCUAAAAAAAAAAAAAAACAUAGCAGUUAAGGCAAAGCAUUGAUUUUGCGAGGGAAGCCUCUGCUUACUUCAUUACGCCAUGGAUGACUCGGGAAUAAUAAGGCGCCGCAGGCUGCAGCAGGAUUUGCCGCUGCCUCGCAAAAACAGCAGUUGCCGCACAAGCAACAGGAAGAGUCUGAUCCUGACAACCACUUCUCCCACGUUGCCUCGCCCUCAUUCCCCCCUUCCCCUCCCAGGACACAUUGGAAGCAGCCCACUGGACAGCCCCAGAAACUUCUCCCCGAGCAACCCUGCACACUUCUCAUUCGCCUCUUCCAGAAGAGCGGAUGGGAGAAGAUGGUCUUUAGCAUCUUUACCCUCCUCUGGAUAUGGCACCAACACUCCCAGCUCAACGUCCUCCAGUUCCUCUCAGGAGAGGCUGAACCAGCUGCCCUCCCAGCCCACCAUGGACGAGCUCCACUUCUUAUCCAAGCACUUUGGCAGCACUGAGAGCAUCACAGAUGACGACGGGGGCCGCUGCUCCCCCCACAUGCGCCCGCGCUCCCGCAGUCUCAGCCCGGGGCGCUCCUCCUCCUGCUAUGACAAUGAGAUCGUCAUGAUGAACCAUGUGUACAAAGAACGCUUUCCAAAGGCCACAGCACAGAUGGAGGAGAGGUUGGCUGAGUUCACCCAGGCUUUCUCACCCGAAAGCGUUCUUCCGCUUGCCGACGGAGUCCUCAGCUUCAUCCAUCAUCAGAUAGCAGAGCUGGCCAGAGACUGCCUGGCAAAAUCACGCGAGGGCCUCAUCACCUCCGUCUACUUCUUUGAACUGCAGGAGAAUUUGGAGAAGCUUCUACAUGAUGCCUUCAAACGCUCGGAAAGCUCAGAAGUAGCCUUUGUCACAGAGCUGGUGAAAAAGCUUCUAAUCAUCAUCUCCCGACCCGCGAGGCUUUUAGAGUGUCUGGAGUUUAAUCCGGAGGAGUUUUACCAUCUCCUGGAGGCAGCAGAGGACCAUGCCAAGGAGGGUCAUCUAAUGAAAACUGACAUUCCUCGUUACAUCAUCAGCCAGCUGGGUCUGACAAGAGAUCCGAUUGAAGACAUGGUGAACCUGGAAAGCUAUGACAGCGAGGGGCCAGUAACGCCUGAAACAGACGACUCAACAGAGGGAAAGAUACGAGCAAUGAAACCACCAGGAGAAGCAGACUUCCAAACCAUCAAGCUGAUCAGUAACGGAGCGUACGGGGCUGUGUAUUUGGUGCGUCAUUUGGAGACACGUCAACGGUUUGCCAUGAAGAAAAUCAACAAGCAAAACCUGAUCCUGAGGAACCAAAUCCAGCAAGCCUUUGUGGAAAGGGACAUCCUCACUUUUGCAGAGAAUCCCUUUGUUGUGUCCAUGUUCUGUUCUUUCGAAACUCGACGGCAUCUCUGCAUGGUGAUGGAGUAUGUGGAAGGAGGGGACUGUGCCACUCUGCUGAAGAACAUCGGGGCUCUGCCUGUGGAAAUGGCACGCAUGUACUUCGCAGAGACAGUCCUUGCAUUGGAGUACCUUCACAACUAUGGAAUCGUACACCGUGACCUCAAGCCUGACAACCUCCUAAUAACAUCAAUGGGACACAUCAAGCUGACGGAUUUUGGUCUGUCUAAGAUUGGCCUGAUGAGUCUGACCACUAACCUGUAUGAGGGGCACAUAGAGAAGGAUACACGAGAGUUUUUGGAUAAACAGGUGUGUGGAACUCCAGAGUACAUCGCCCCAGAGGUGAUUCUCCGUCAGGGUUAUGGGAAGCCUGUGGACUGGUGGGCUAUGGGCAUCAUCCUGUAUGAGUUCCUGGUGGGUUGUGUGCCUUUUUUUGGAGAUACUCCAGAAGAGCUGUUUGGACAAGUCAUCACAGAUGACAUAGCGUGGCCAGAAGGAGACGAGGCUCUUCCUGUGGAUGCCCAGCACCUGAUCUCCUCUCUGCUGCAGACAAAUCCUCUGGCGCGACUUGGCACAGGUGGUGCUUUCGAGGUCAAGCAGCACUCGUUCUUCACAGAGGUGGACUGGAACAGCCUGCUGAGACAGAAAGCGGAGUUCAUCCCUCACCUUGAGUCAGAGGAAGACACCAGUUAUUUUGACACACGGUCUGAGCGCUACCAUCACGUGCAGUCAUAUGACGAAGAUGACACCAACGACGAUGAGCCGGUGGAGAUACAUCGCUUCUCGUCAUGCUCUCCUCGCUUCAGCAAGGUGUACAGCAGUAUGGAGCAUCUGUCCCAGCUGGAGCACAAACCCCACACUGUGACUCUACGGGAGCACAAGGUCCACAGGGAGGACCGGGUUACCAAACGAGAAAGCUUGGGGAGUGUCACCCUACGAGACAAGAGCUGGAGGACCAGCUCCCCGGAAAUGAAGCGUCUGUCCUGCUCAGAGUCCUUCUUCACUGAAAGCGACUCUAGUCCACCGUCCGGAGCCCGCAGGCGCUUCUCCGCUCUCAUGGAUAUGAGCCGCUUCGCUUCACCUCAGGAGCUGGACACGGAGCCAUCAGGUCCAGGAAAGCAGCCUCCUGUGAAAACCAGAGGCGCCUCCCUGGAAGGGGCCGCCCCCUCUCAUGGAGACCUGAGAACAUUCCUUAAAGAUGGGAACGGCCACACAGCAGCAGACAAACUUUUGAGACCUGAGUCAUCAUUGCCGCUGCCAGGCAGCGCAAGUAAUCUGGGACUGCCUGAUCUUCAGGGGCCCCGUGGGGCCGCUACAGACCUGGUACUGCGAAGGGUCCGACACCAGCAGCUGUCGUCUGAAGGAGAAAAGCAUAGCUCACGUCCAGGGACUAAAGUCAUCAAAUCUGCUUCAGCUACUGCGCUGUCCGUCAUCAUUCCAGCAGUGGAGCAGCACGGUGCCUCCCCGCUGCCCAGCCCCAUGUCUCCUCGCUCCCUCUCGUCCAAUCCCUCCUCCCGGGACUCCUCUCCAAGCAGAGAUUUCUGUCCCAUGGUGAACGUUCUGCACUCUCCGAUCACCAUCCACCGCUCUGGCAAGAAGUAUGGUUUCACCCUCCGAGCAAUUCGUGUGUACAUAGGAGACAGUGACGUCUACAGCGUGCACCACAUGGUCUGGCAUGUCGAGGAUGGAGGUCCUGCUCAGGAGGCUGGACUUAAAGCUGGGGAUCUCAUCACUCAUGUAAACGGCGAGUCAGUCCAUGGUCUUGUCCAUACAGAAGUAGUGGAGCUCAUCCUGAAGAGUGGAAACAAGGUCACAGUCACAACCACUCCCUUUGAGAACACCUCCAUAAAAGUAGGGCCGGCCCGCAAGUCCAGCUACAAAUCCAAAAUGGCGCGUCGCAGCAAAAGGACGGGAGUCAAGGAGGGACAAGAUAAGAAACGCAGCUCGCUCUUCAGGAAGAUAACAAAGCAGUCCAGCCUUCUCCAAACAAGCCGCAGCCUCUCCUCCUUGAAUCGUUCGCUGUCUUCCGGUGACAGUCUGCCGGGAUCCCCCACCCACAGCUUCUCCGCCCGCUCUCCUACACAAAGUUACCGCUCUACUCUGGAAUCCCCAUAUCUGGGCACGUCGUCCCAGAGCAGCUCUCCGGCAUCGAGCACCCCAAACUCCCCUGCUACCUCCCACCACAUGAGGCCCAGCUCCCUGCACGGCCUUUCCCCCAAACUCCACCGCCAGUACCGCUCUGCGCGCUGCAAAUCCGCUGGUAACAUCCCACUGUCCCCUCUGGCUCACACCCCGUCCCCGACCACGUCUUCCCCUCCACCUCUUACGGGCCACACGGUGGGUAGCUCCAACACCACCCAAACGUUCCCUGCCAAGCUCCACUCCUCGCCUCCCGUUGCCCGUCCUCGUCCCAAGAGUGCUGAACCGCCCAGGUCCCCCCUUCUGCAGCGGGUGCAGUCUGCAGAAAAGCUCGGGGGGCCCAUCCUACCCUCCUCCUCUUCAUCAUCGUCAACACCUUCCCCUUUGACGGGAGGGGUGUCAUUGCGUAAGCAUAGCCUGGAGGUGUCCCACGGGGACUACAGACGAGAGUCCUUCCACUGUGAACACAGCCUGCAAAGUUUGCUAGAGAUAGAAGGAGAGAACGGACCAGCUCCUCCCUCUCCAUCAUCUUCUUCCUCCCCUUCUCCUCCUAUGGGAGCAGACAUUGGAGGCCUGAGCCAUGUGAGGAGGCUGGGAAGGCAGGAAUCCCUACUCAGCAGAGACACAAUUGUGACAGCAAAGGAAAAAGACUCUAGAACAUCAGCACCUGAGCCCUCUGGGUUGCAAAGUGCAGUUCCUCCAGCAGAUGUUGAUAAAAGCAAACCGUCACCCAAAGAGGCUGCAGGGGGCAAUGGAUGCACGAAUGCAGCUGAAAUGAAGUCUAUUACCUUAUCUGCGGACAUCAAAACAGGCUCUGGUAUCAAACAGGUAAGCGUAAAGGCAUUAACUUCAGAGGCAACAGCCUUUCAGACCAAAGCAACUGAGAAGAGCUUAACUCCAGGCACAUCUAGGCUGCACAGCGCACUGAUCGAAGAGGGGCGUGCUACUAAAGCUCAGGAGAAGACGGAAGGAAAAGAAAAAGGCACUUUGGUUGUAGAGAAAGAAAAUGUGCAGAAAACAGCAACCAUUGAGCAAUUCAGGCAGCGUAAAGGCUCAGAGACCGGAGAUAAAGAAGGAAUAGGCGGAAACGUCAGAGCGACUGAUGCAACCAAGGCCAAAGUACCUUUAUUCCCUGGUCCAACUCAGACACACCCUGCAUCCAGACACAGAACGGAGAGGUCAGCGAACGGGAACUGUGGGAUCAAAGAGGAGAAGACACAGCUGGAAGUCCUGGAGGAAAACCCAGCAUCUCCUUCAUCCAACGCAGCGUCCCCCUGCUCAAACAAGUCCCGGUCCAUGUCUCCGGGGGACAAAACCAGCUUCGUCACCCAGCUCACAACCGUGGCUAAAACAGUACUCGGACCCAUUAAAGGAGGGUCUCAAGAAGGCGGGAAGAUGAAAGACACGUCAAAGUCAGGUGAGGAGAAGAAGGGAAGCACGGCGGGGAAAGCAGAGGCCUCAUCUACGGGGGGCCGCCGGGGGCCUCAGGGCUCCACCGCAGCCGCUGUUCACUCUGAUAAAGGUAACAUUCGAAGCUCUAAACAUCACUCAUGAUGCAAAAGCCUCCGAAACUCAAAGACUAUCCCGUGUAAUGCCUUUAACUGUAGCAUCAGACUGAAAUAUCAUGAAUUUGUAUGAUGCAAAGAGAAAAAUGCCUGAACAAAAUAAAAUAGAAAAUUUAAAAGGAGUAAAAAAGAGGUCAGCAAUGAUCAGCUACUCUUGAGAAAUGUGCACAUGGUUUGUUGAUGUAGAGCUGUGUAUGUACUGUAUGCUCAUCUCCACGUGGUGUAUAUUGUAUUAAAAAAAAAGCAUAUGUCUUUAAUGCAUGUCUUACGGAGAAUGGAAGACCAUUUAAAAAGAGGAAACUUAUCAUUCAGACCUUGAGAUAGAAAACACUGUGAACAAUGUUUCAACUUGUCAAGCAGACUUUUGACUGUGUUGACAGUAGGAUUCUGUUAGAAAAGGGCAUUACUUGCAUUUUAGCUGAGUUUAGCUGAAGUUAUUCAGUUCUUUGCUGUAUUUAUUUGAAAUUCAGGUCCAAAAAAGCUGAAUGAGGAACCAGCAGAUUGAGUUUUAAUGCCUGACACACAUAGGAUUACAGUGCCUUGCAAAAUGCCCCUUGAAAUGUGUCACAGCUUUUUGCACAUGUGGAGAAUGAUAGUUCCUCCCAAUUUCUUUUGCAAAAUAGCUUACCGGGUACCUUCCAUCAGA